ACUAGAAAAGGAAUAACAUAGGCCACAGGCUUUCUGUUCUUAUUACACAGUUCUGAAAAUCUGAAUCUACCUGAACUUCGCAUUCCUCUUCAAAAUAGGAGCGCGCAGUUUGUGACUUUGCGCCUUGUUGGUUUGCUAAUCGCUAAGAUGGUGGAUGGGGAUAUUACGCCAGAGGAUAAGGCUACUAUAUGUGCUAGAUUGGUUUUACUUGCACCGCCCUGUGAAUUUAAUGAAGUAUUAGAUGAUAUCCGUUGUUUCGUUGGUGAUGACCAUCAUAUUCAUGAGAAGCUAGCAGCAUCAGUGGCACAGUAUAACAAGGACCAAAUGAUCCAUGUGAAGUUACCAAAUUGCGAGUAUCCGACUCUGAUUACUGCAUACGCAGACUUGGGGGAUGGAUAUUUUAUGUGUCCUAGAUCGCAGUUGACAUUUCAUUUUGACCAUCUCAAGCAGACAGUCAGUGAUGUUAAAAGUUUUGACAAGAGUAGCUUUGAUAAUAUAGACUGUGAUCUGGAGAGUUGGAGGCGUGCCUUAGAAGAUAGCGCUACUGUCUAUGUAAACGAACAUUUCCCUGAUGGAGCUGUCGAAGUUUACGCUCUGAGGUCGAAUGAUAGUGCACGCUGUCUCGUUAUGUGCAUUGAAUCUCACUUCAGCAAACAUCAAUCUUUCUAUAAAUUUCUAGUCAUUUAGUUACUGUUACCACUCUUUACGAAGUAUAUCAGUUCUGAAUUCAGUGCUUUAAUCUUAACAUUGGCUUAAAUGACACCUGACGGUACAGUACGUUCUUGUUUGAUAUCCUUACAAAACCAUAAACUGAAUAAUGAAUUCUUUUGUUUUCCUAACCCAAUUAGAUAACCAAAUUGAUAAAACCUAGUGCUUUGCCAAGGCACGACGGUAGAUUUUCGUGAUGAACACUUGAUAUUUGGUGUUAAGUUUAACAACAUCUGAAAAUAUUCUUCUACCCCUUUAGUCCUAUUUCUAACGUCUGGAUUUCCUCAUAUAUUUACUGUUCAUCAUUACUUGACAUAUCUCCAGUGUUAAUCAUUCUAGUUAAAUAAGUACGAUAGUCAGCCUUUUAAAACUACCUUCCAACAUGGCCUCCGUAAAAUCUUACCAAAGGCCCAUACUUUAUGACUUAUCUGACCCCGAGUGCUCUGGUACGUCUAAGAGUAGUGAGUCAGCUCCCUCCCAAAUACUCUCACAUCAUCACACGUAUACAGCAACUGUCAGGGAAUUCCUACUCACUGCCUUCUCGGGACAGGUUUUUUUAAGAGGACGAAAAGCGGACUUCCGGCGCUUUAACCGGGAUCGUGGAUACGAAGGGGAGUUAGAAAACCCUCAUUCCAAACCACUGGUACACAUGGGCUUCAGGAUCCUAAGAAAACAAAUGACAUCCGAAGUCGUGAAUUUUGUGCAUGUUGUAUUUUCUGUAUGAUCAUUCUGCAUAAAUUUACGUCGUUUUAUGGUAAUAAUGCAUUUUUAUUCACCAGGUUUUGGUUGACCAGUCUCAGUACUCAAUGGUUCACUACUCAGAAAUGUUAUUGUAGAGUGCAUUAUUGGCUCUCAUACAUUGGAGUUUAGGUUUUGACCUAGUACGGAAGUUUGCACUGCACUCCUUAUUAGUUAUUUAUGGUGAUUCGUACGAACUUUACGAAGCGGUGUUUCGUUCUACUAUUAAAAGUUGACUUUUUUGCAUUGCUGUCGAAGUUUGUGCUCCUAUUUAUCCGGUCAUUUGUAAUCAUUGUGGAGCCUGGCAUACAUCAACCCGUUGCUACACUGUCAGUAUAACGAGAUGAAAUUAGGAAAAUGAAUACAAAGGUAGUAGAAUUAUCACUGGUAAUAAUAAGAAUACACAUUGAAAACAUGAUUCGAGCAUAACGAACUAAUUCGCGAGACAAAAGGUGUGUAAUGAUUUUGAAUCUCAAGAUCUAGGGGAUGAUAAAGUGAAUGCGCCUGUGCCAUGGUGACCAAAGCAAAACGAUGUUAGCCACUAAUCGCGGUUAUCGUGUGGUCCCAAACACGUAAUUUGAAUCUACCAGAAAGGCUCAGACCAAGUCAUGAACUGAUGUUAUUUCAUGGUUUGACCCCAAGCUCUCCCUUACGUGAGUUGGAAUUGCGCUUUAAUAUAGGAUGUGGUUGACAUACUUAACAUGUUGCAACCGCGUCAGAUUCACAACCCCAUCAACUAGUUUUCCAUCUGUGUGAUUAUUAGAAGUCACUAGUCAUUCGGUAUUUAGUCUUUUUCGUAAUUAAAUAAUAUUUUAUUACUUAGUGAUUGUCAAAUGUUCGUAGUUAUAAGUCAUAAUCGCGAUAUGCAUGUAUCUUAUUUUGCGUCAACUUGUAGAACUGGACGAUGGCGAUCAGAAUGGACUUUCAAGCUAGUUGGACAGAAAUCGAUGGAGUUUUCGGUUCAUGGUGUUAUUAAAGUUCAGGUUUGUGAAUAUUUGUGUUUGGAUUGUAAACUGGGUUCUACUGUUUUUAUUGUCUGGAACCUUGUAAAAACUGAUAUGGCUUUCAAAUUUUCUAUUAUUGACUGAAUAAUUGACUGAGAACUUGAAGAUAAUGGGUAUCAAUGUGCAUUGUGUCCAUAUUUAUAGUUUGGGUAUUAUUUUAUAAUUCGUAUGAUUUUUUUGUGUUCUCAACAGCCAAAAGCGUGUUUGUAGAGGAAACGUCAUUUGUUCUUG